CAACUAUUAGAGUUAAAUGUCAGCACAGAAUCUCGAGUUGAGGCUGAGAGGAUUCGGCCAGUGACUGUCUUCGCCUGAAUCUAGUAGACGGCUUCGCUCGGUGACUGUCCUUUAGUCGUAACUUUAGGGAACUGGUGCUGACAAGUGGAAUCUUUUUUGCCAGCAAUUGUCUUCGACAAAGAAGAUGACAUUGUCAGGAGCGAUUUUGGCAGUCGCCAUAUUGGCCCUAUUCGGUUCUGCAAUCGGGGAACUUCCGAUUUUGCAAGGUGGGAUGCUAUUCAAUCCCCAGUGUCAGCAGUCGGUGGCAUGUACCCAAGAGUACUCCCCAGUGUGUGGGAGUGACGGGGUGACCUAUGGAAACCAGUGCGAAUUCCAGAAUGCUGCCUGCUUGAAAGGGAUCGCUGGAAUGAUCCAUGCUGGAGAAUGCGAUAAAGGUCCCGCGAAUCCACUCUGCAGCCCUGUUCUCGCUUGUCGGCCGGUGUACAACCCAGUCUGCGGAGGUGACGGAAGGACCUACGCAAACUUUUGCCUGUUCUCCAGGUGGGCUUGUUUCAUAAACGACCUCACGUUGGCCUACAAAGGACCCUGCGGUUGGUAGCUUUCAGAGUGGAUGAAUUUGAAUAAAUGGGAAUAAAGUGAAUGUCACGUCAUCCACAA